GCCCUCUGGCCCUACUGAAGGCGCGAGCACUGGACGUCACCUUCGAGGUGGGGGAUGAGUAUGAGGUCAUCGAAACCAUCGGCACCGGCGCCUACGGCGUCGUCAGCUCCGCCCGUCGCCGCGAUACUGGUCAGCAGGUGGCCAUCAAGAAGAUCCCCAACGCCUUCGAUGUGGUGACCAACGCCAAGCGGACCUUGCGGGAGCUGAAGAUCCUCAAGCACUUCAAGCACGACAACAUCAUCGGCAUCAAGGACAUCCUCAAACCAACCGUCCCUUAUGGCGAGUUCCGCUCCGUUUACGUGGUGCUGGACUUGAUGGAGAGUGACCUUCACCAGAUCAUCCACUCGGCGCAGCCGUUGACGUUGGAGCACGUCCGUUACUUCCUUUACCAACUUUUGCGAGGUCUCAAGUACAUCCACUCGGCCAACGUCCUCCACCGGGACCUGAAGCCGAGCAACCUCUUGGUGAAUGAGAACUGCGAGCUGAAGAUCGGUGACUUCGGCAUGGCCAGGGGGUUGGGGGCUGACCCACGGCAUGCCAAAGCCUUUCUCACCGAAUACGUGGCCACCCGUUGGUACCGGGCACCGGAGUUGCUCCUUUCGCUUCACCGUUACACCCGUGCCAUCGAUAUGUGGUCGGUUGGGUGCAUCUUUGCCGAGAUGUUGGGUCGUCGGCAACUCUUCCCUGGCAGGAACUAUGUCCACCACUUCGGUGACGCUGAGCCAGCGGCGUUGGCGUUGUUGGGUCGGAUGUUGCGUUUUGACCCACGGGAGCGGGUGAGUGUGGCUGAGGCGCUGCGGCACCCAUUUUUGGCAAAGUACCACGACCCGGAAGAUGAGCCCGAGUGCGUCCCCGCCUUCGACUUCGCCUUCGACCGCCGGGUGCUCACCAAGGAGGAGAUCAAAGCGGCCAUCGUGGCUGAGAUCGCCGACUUCCAUGACCGCCGUGACGGUAUCCGGCGGCAAAAUGCUACCGUUGGCAUCAAUGCAAGUAAUGUCAACAUGGCCAACGUCACCGUGGCCAACGCAAGUGGCAACGUGGCCAAUGUCAGCAUGGCCAACUCCAGCAUCACCAUGGCGAACGUGAACAUGGGAAAUGUUAGUAUGGGCAACUCUAGUGUCAAUGUGGCCAAUGCUGGUGUCAACGUGGCCAACACUGCCAUGGCCAAUGUCAACGUGGCCGACGUCAAUAUGGCCAGCGUCAACAUGGCCAACACUACCAUGGCCAACAUCAGCACCACCAUAACCAACAGCAACGUCAACAUGGCCAACAGCUCCAUGGCCAACGUCAGAGCCACAAUGGCCAAUGUCAACACAGUCAAUGUCAAUGUGCCCAAUGCCACGGUGACCAGUGUUGGCCCGGCCUGGCCCUGUGCCGACGUGGACAUGCCAGCUGACGACCCCAAGGCCGCCCUCAAGGCUGCUCUGCUCAAGUCGGCCAUGAGGAACAAGAGCAAAG